UCACCCCUAGGAGAGGAGGCGCGCCCGACAGCCGAGCACUCGCCGCGCAGCCACGCCCGCCCGCCAGCCACCAUGCUGGGUAGCAAGCGACUGGGGCUGUCUGGACUGACCCUCGCCCUGUCCCUGCUCGCGUGCCUGGGUGCCCUGGCCGAGGCGUACCCCUCCAAGCCGGACAACCCGGGCGAGGACGCGCCGGCGGAGGACAUGGCCAGAUACUACUCGGCGCUGCGACACUACAUCAACCUCAUUACCAGGCAGAGAUAUGGAAAACGAUCUAGCCCAGAGACACUGAUUUCAGACCUCUUGAUGAGAGAAAGCACAGAAAAUGUUCCCAGAACUAGGCUUGAAGACCCUUCCAUGUGGUGAUGGGAAAUGAAACUUGUUCUCCAGUCUUUUCCUAUUUUCAACCCAUAUUUCAUCCUAUAAAACUAGUCUGCCCGUUCUAUCAAUGCAUGCAGCCAUUGUGCUGAAUUCUGCAGUGUUUUCCUUUGUCAUCAUUGUAUAAUAUAUGUGCGUUUAAAUAAAGAACCAUGCAUUCAAAAUUG